GUCAAAUUGUAUCAGUUCCAACUGAUUUUUGUUGUGGCAGAAAUCAGCUAUGGCGCGAGGGCUAAUUCUAUCUUCGCCAACACUCACUGCAACAACUUGUCUCUUUGCUUCCAUCUCCAAAACCCCGCCAAAAAGUUUCAAUCUUUCAUUCGGUCUUAAACUUAUUCAUCACCACUAUCAUCUUAUUCCAUCGCCUUGCUCCUUCAGCGUGGAUUCUUCCCCUUCCCAAUGUUCAAUCGACAUUUCCAAGUACACAGAAACAUUUUCCAGGCGAAUGGCCAUGGCUGGUCUCAAAUCCCAUCACCGAAUUGGUCAGCUUCUCUUUGUGUCACUCAUCUUCCCAGCAGAAAAAUUGAAUCUUUUUUGCAAAAUGCAAAUAUUUGCUCAACUUGCUCUGGGAGUGUCUGGUGGCCCUGACAGUAUGGCACUCUGUGUGUUAACUGCUGGAUGGAAAACUGCUGGUGCUGAUGCUGUCACAUCUGAGAAUGGUGGUUUCAUAGAUGGACUACUGGCAAUAAUUGUUGAUCAUGGUCUACGAGCAGAGAGCAAAGAGGAGGCAAAUAUUGUUUCUCACCGAGUUUCAAAAAUGGGAAUCAGAUGUGAGAUUGCAUGUUGCGAUUGGCCAAGUGGCAGACCAAAACAGGGUCAGUUGCAGGAAGCUGCCCGGGAAAUGAGGUACCAAAUCUUUCAAGAAGUGUGUGCCCAACACCGGAUUGGGGUAUUGCUUAUUGCACAACAUGCUGAUGAUCAGGCCGAGUUAUUUAUUUUAAGGCUUUCUCGAAAUAGUGGUGUGCUUGGACUUGCAGGCAUGCCUUUCACCUCCCAGAUUUUCCCUACAUAUACACAGUCCUACAGGGAAGUUCAAGCAAACCAGGGCAUCCUUCUUGUGCGGCCUCUUCUGGAAUUUUCAAAGGAAGAUAUGUACAAGAUAUGCCAAGGAGGUAGUGAGAAUUGGGUAGAAGACCCAACUAAUCAAAGUCCAUUAUAUGCACGUAAUAGGAUAAGAAUGGUGCUGAAUAAUUUGUCAUCUUCUGCGUUCAAGUUUGAACUCCAAGUACUGAUUUCUGCAUGCCGAAUAACACGCACAUAUGUUGAUCAAAUUGCCUAUAGCUUGAUACGUGAUGCUGUGGUUAUCAAGGAUCAUGGGUAUGUUGUUAUUGAUUUACAGAUUCUUUGUCCUUUGAAAGUUGAGGACAUAUGCCUGAUGAAGUUUCUUUCCUUGAUACUGCAGUUUGUAUCACAAAGGCAGAGGCAAAUCAGAGGUAGUGCUUUGAAAUUGCUAAUGGACUACAUUCGUACUUUUCCGUGCAAGAAUUCUGUUACAGCAGCAGGUUGUUACCUUUGCCCGGAUCCUGGUUCUAGAGGGUCCAGAGUCUUGGUCUGCUGUUGUUCUAAUGGUUGUGCUUUUCCUUUAAAGAUUGAAUAUUUUGAGUCACAAUCUCAAGGACAACAAGGGUGUUGUGUUGCCAAUGAGUUAGAAAAGAUUAUAGAGGCUGAGAAGUCAUAUGCAAAUCACUUGGUUCUGGAUGCAUCAGAUGUCCACUUUUUGGAUGUGAAUCCUGAGUUAGUUUUGACUGAAGCCAAAAGGCUAAACAUAAUUGGUGAAUCAACCUACAAUAGCAUUUUUGCAUUGCAGAAGCAAGAAACCGCUCACUUCAGGUCUAAAACUGAGGUCAUUUCUGACUCUGCUUCAAAGCAUGGGGUUACCCCUUUUAGUAAAUCACUUCAGCCAGGGCAGUUCUGUUACUUCAUGGAUCGAUUCAUUCUCACAUGGAAAUUGAAAAAUAAUAUUGAUAAUGAUGAACUUUCUGGUUUAGUUGAUUAUGAAAUGGAUUUGGGUGAAGAAACCAGAAGCUUGUGUUGCACAUCUUGUGUAGCUGGUAAUAAUAAAGUACCUGAGGUGCGACACAUGAUAGAAUCUGAUUGGCUGUAUCUUGCUGAGUUAUCAAAAUAUCCACUUUCCAAAAACUUCCCUCAAUACGAGGUUAAAUCAGUGAAUGGAACCAAGCAGAUAAUGGACAGAGCAUCUCCAUGUUUGCACUAUGCCAGUGUAUCAGCAAAACAAGCUCUCCGCUUUUUAAAAUCUAUCCCAGUUGCUGCAAGGAGAAGCCUGCCUGUUCUGAUCAAUCAACAAGGACAAUUACUAAGCAUUCCAAGUGUUAAUUUCAAGCACUGCCCCUUCUUGAUGGUGCAUAUGGAAUUUAAGCCAAAAAUACCGCUUGGAGGAGGUCAUACCUCAUUCAUAUAGCAAAAUAGUGACAUAACACUAAAGACCAUGAUUGCAAGAAUGUUUUGGUGGCUGGUUCCCCAGUUUGAAAUGAGACAAGUUGUAACCAUCCCUGACCCCAGCAAAUUUCAAGUCAACCAAAAGGGACACAUCAAAAUGGAAUGAUCGAUAACCAAGCUCUGGCCACCCAGCAACCACCAUCUGCUUCUCUUACCAAACAAAGUUCAACUUCCACUCCCGGACCUUGCACAAAUUGAGUCGGAGGGGUGCUAGAUCUUAGGCCAACAGAUAUGAAAGUGUGCAAAGAUGUCAUCAUUAAUGAUAGGUAUAGAGUUUGCAGAAGCAACCGAGCUGCAUAUUCGAAUUACCUCUUCAAAGUUUUAUGGUUAAGCUUCUGUCGGGCUUUCUUAGAGUUGACACAUGUACAUGUCUGAGAGUAACACAAAGGUCACAAGCUUGUUGCUAAUGCUGGACAGAUCCUCUUAGGAAACCUGGUAAAUUGGAGAGUGGAGAUUUCUUAUAUGGACUGUAUGUUCAUUUUUUGUUGUGGACUCUCUUCAAUAACUAAGCUUUAUUACAUGCUCAAAUUCAUGUAGUUGUGGACUCAAUAAUUGCUUAUAGCAUGAGAAUGAUGAGGAGAUUGAAUAACUAUUUGAUGAUUCACCCUG